AUGGCGAGCACGAUUAUCACUGAUGAAGUCACUAUAAGAAGCACCAUAUUUGAAUUUGUCUCACCCUCUCAUUCGUUCUCUCACCCUUUCUCUCACUUUCUCUCUUUUACUCUUUUUCUCACUCUCUUUUUCUCUUUCUCUCUCAUUCUUUCCCCCUUACUCUCUCUCACACUCUCUCUCUCUCUCUCAAUCUCUCAUUCUUUCAGUCUUUAUUUAUCUCUUUCUCACUCUCACUCACACACCCUCUUUCUUUAUCUAUCACUUUCACUCUCUUUCUCUCUCUCUCACUUUCUUUUAUUCUCUCUCUCACUCUCUCGAUUUCUUUAUCACUCUUUCUUUCUGUCUCACUUAAAUUUCUCUCUCGCACUCUCUAAUACUUUCUUUUUCUCUCUCUCUCUCUCUCUCAAUCCAUCUCUCAUUUUCUCUAUCACUCACUAUCUUUCUUUCUUUCUCUCACUCUCUCUUUCUCUUUGUAUCUAUCUCUCAGUCUCUGUCACUUUCUCUCUCACUCUCUCUUUCUCUCUCAACCUCACUUUCUCUUAUUCUCUCACUGUCUUCCUCUGCCUCACUCUCUCAUGCUUUCUUUCUAUUUGUCUCUCUUUUUGUCUCUCAUCCUCUUUUAAUCUCUUUCACUUCCUCACUCAAUCUCUCUUUCUCUCGUUGUCUUUCUCUCAUUUUCUCUCUCUUUCUUUCUCUUUCUCCAUUUCUCACUCUCACCCACUUUCUCCCAUUCUCUCUCUCACUCUUUCUCUCUUUCACUCUUUCUUUCUGUUUCUCUUAACUUUCUCACCUCUUUCUCCCUCUCUUUCUAUCCCUUUCUCUCUUUGUCACUCUCUGUCUUUCUCUCUCACUUUCUCUCUUUCUCACCCUAAUUCUCUCUCUAUUACAACUCCUUGUCUCUCGCCCCUCUAUUCAACUGUAUUGAUACGCCCCACGUUCAAUACGGCUAUAUUAUAUCUAUCUCAUUCUGUUCAUAUCUAUCUAUCUAUCUAUCUAUCUAUCUAUCUAUCUAUCUAUCUAUCUAUCUAUCUAUCUAUCUGUCUCUGA